UGAGAGCGCUCAGGCUUUGAGGAAGCACAGAAAUCUUAAAUGGUGAAGGAAGACAAUUCCAGGAUGCCUCUGGACUUCAAGCUCAGUGUUUACUUCACCUUCGUGAUCGUUUCAUCCAUACAGACGUCACACGCUCAUUCGCAUUCUGACACAGCCGAAUCGCCGAGAGACAACGGUCAGGUCUCACGUUCGGCCGAGCGCUUGGAGGACGCUUUUGAGGAGCAAGGCUACUACCUGCAGCGUCUGUUCCUGGAGUACGGCAGCAAUGGCACCCUGACGUAUGAAGGCCUACAGAAGUUACUGGGCAGCCUGGGACUGGGCGAGGUCAGCGUCCUGGAGAUCAGACAUGGCGUGGUGGUGCAUUCCUCUCCCAGCCUGGCUCAUAUUCACCAACACUUAAAAGAAGACCAUCAUCAUCAUCCUCAUCCCCAUCAGCUGUCAUCAACUCAAUACUCUGAGCCUGAGACUUUUAAAGCCAAAUCAGAAAUGCCUGUAAACGAUGUCAAAGUCGUGGUGAGUGGAUCUUCAGGACAGGGAGAUGGUUCAGGAUCUACGCCUUCGCUUGGCACAGAAGAAACACUACUGCUCUCUGAUCAUCUGACAAAGAACCACCUCCAUGAGAACUGUCUGAACGUCACUCAGCUCCUGUGGAACUUCGGUUUGGAUCAGGCGUCCCAUAUCACCCCAGCUCACUUCACCUUCCUGUGUCCCGCUCUGCUCUAUCAGAUCGACAGCGGUGUGUGUCUUCGCCACACAGACCCUCACACGAAGGAAGACGGGAACAAUGUGGCUUUUCUCAGAGCUCUGGGUUGGGCCUCUGUGGCGCUGCUAGUAAUCAGUCUGCCGUCCCUCGUGGCCCUCGGACUGACCCCUCUGAUCCCCCCCGCUGCCCUGCGGACCUUCCUGUGCCCCAUGGCGUCCAUGGCAGUGGGCACACUGUGUGGAGACGCCCUGCUGCACCUACUGCCUCAUGCGAACUCCGGGCCACACAGCGAUCACCAGAAUGCCGUGUUAAAGGGUUUAAGUGUACUCGGUGGACUCUACCUGCUCUUCGUGUUUGAGAGUGUUCUUGGUCUCAGACACAGCUACAAGAAAUCAAAGAAAAGACAGCAGAACAGAGCAGAGGCCCGGGAGAUGGAGGCGUUAGAGGGUUCUUCGACUCCUGAGUGCUCCGUGAACCCUGAGUCUGGUCACGGUCAUUCUCACACACCGCCGGAUCGAAGCUCCUCCAGCCUCAGCACCGUCGCCUGGAUGGUCAUCAUGGGAGACGGAAUCCACAACCUUACAGACGGACUAGCGAUUGGUGUGGCGUUUUCUCAGAGCCUGACUGGAGGUCUCAGUACCGCUAUCGCUGUCUUCUGCCAUGAGCUUCCUCACGAGCUGGGUGAUCUGGCCAUGUUGCUGGCUGCAGGUUGGCCUGUACGCAGAUUGGCUCUCUUCAGCUUGCUCUCGGCUGUACUGGGAUACGUAGGGGUGCUGACUGGCACCGUACUGGGCCACCAGUGGGCACAUCACUCGCCCUGGAUACUCACACUCACCGCUGGAGUCUUUCUCUACGUGGCACUCACUGACAUGAUGCCCGAGAUGCUGCAUGGAGAUCGAGGUUCAGUGAGUCCUCUCAUCUCUUUCCUGCUCCAGAGCGUGGGCUUGCUCACAGGAGGAGGCAUCAUGCUGUGCAUCGCUCUCUUCGAGGAGAACAUCAGCGUUAACUUGGGGGACGGAUGAGAGACAGAAAAUGGUGAUGAAUCACAUGGUGGAAUCAUUGAUCAGCACCAGACCUUUGCUAAAGUGGACGGCUUAUUGGGUUAGCGUGCUGAAAGGACAGUACAGGAAGGAGGAAAGCUGCUUCAGUGAGACUCAAGAGUCUGUUUACUAAUUGGUCUAAAAGUUGCUUUGGGAAUUUUUUUUUAUAUGAAGCUAAUUGUGGUGUAGCUUUCCUUUAAUGUUUUUUUUUUGUGACUGAGUUUUAUAUGAAGGAUCUGACUGGUCGUUUAUUAAUUGGUCACUGAUUACCUCUGGGAAAGAAUUGUGAAUUAUCAUAAUAUUUUGCAUUAACACAUCUGUUGUUCUGUAUAUUAAAUGUUUAAUUUUGUGUGAAUAUGUUUAACACAUCUAUAAGAGCUGUCAAUGCUGGUCAGUAACAGUUUAUACACUUUAUAGCAAACGCUAGCUAAACAGAGACACUAGCAUGAGCUAAAGUGACAGGAUUUCUGAAAAUCACAGGUUAUAUUCUACUAAUAAUGCUAGCCAACUAACAUGAGAGGAUUUCUGUAAGGUUUUUAAAGUUGUAUUUCUAAACAUUUAUCAUCUUAUUAAAUAGAAAUAACCAGCGAGUAAGAGCUAACAUUUAUCAUCCUCACAGCUAAUUCUAAAUAACCUGCUAGCAAGAGCUAACCUGACAGGAUUUCUGACAGGAUUUUAGGCCACGUUUAUAAAUGUUUAGAGCUAA